CACUCGCCGCAUCGUUCAGUCGAACAUAUCCGUUUAGCGCGAACGCUCGGGAGUAUACCGUGUGCGCCAAAAAAGCACACCUCCCACCAGUAGUGGUUAGUCGUAGUUUGCAGGAACAAAAUAUAUAUAUAUAUUAUAUAUAAUAUAUUAUAUUAUAUAUCCGUGUGUGUAUAUAUAUACAUAUAUAUUAUUAUUAUUAUUAUUAUAUAUAUAUAUAUAUAUAUAUAGUAUAUAUACAGCAACAAUAACAACCACCCAAAAUCACGUAUAAUAAUAUAUAUGUGUAUAUAUAGUUUUGUAUAUCGCCUUUAAUAACCGCCGUUUUAUCAAAAAAGAAUUGACGUGUCUUGUAAAAAAAAUCGAGUGUACAUCAUUACGACACCGGUCGUGUGAAUCGCUGACUGCACCACCGCUGCCGGGUUAACCACCACCGCAACGGACACCACGUGAACAACAACAAAUUCGUAUUCAAUUUCGUGUUAUAUAAUACACACAUAUUAUAUAUUUAUAUAUAAUCGUGUGUACGCGUGCUUGUAUUAUCUCGGUCUCUCUAUAUUUCCGUCUCUGUGUGUGCAGUGUGCAUAUUAUAUACGCGGGUGUCACAGGAUUCUCUUUUGCGCCGGUCAAGUCGUCGAGUUUUACGCGACGAAAGUCAAUUCAAUUUUUCGAAAUCAAUCCGUUCGCUAUCCGCUGGUCUUGUACCUACUCGUGCCAUUUGCUUUCGUCGCUGUCCGGUCCGGAAUCCACGUGAACCGUGCAAGCAGCAGCAGCAGCAGCAUCAGCAGCAUCGCAGCAACAUAAAAUAAUAUCAACCGGCUAGUUAGCAUAUAUAUACAUUGCACACGUCGGACUCGACACACACUCGCCCACGACACACUUAUCGCGCUUCACCCUUUCGUUCGGUCUUCGCCAAAAGUUAACACACACGCUCGCGUGAGUUAUUAUUGUUGUUAUCGCAUUAUAAUAUCAUCUGUACGAUGGAAUCGCAGAGCGCACAGGACACAGUGACCGUGGCCGCGGAGGUGCCCAACGACCCUGGGAAAAUGUUCAUUGGCGGUCUCAGUUGGCAAACCAGUCCAGAAUCAUUGAGGGAGUACUUUAGUAAGUUCGGAGAGAUAACUGAAGUUAUGGUUAUGAAAGAUCCAACGACUCGCCGAUCAAGCCGUGUUGCUGUAGCUGAUCAGACCGCUGGAAACGAAAACGAGCUGAAAUAUGUGUCAAGGGGAUUCGGGUUCGUUACUUUUGCUGAUCCGUCCAGCGUGGACAAAGUUCUGGCACUAGGAUCACACGAGUUGGAUGGCAAAAAAAUUGAUCCGAAAGUGGCAUUUCCACGACGGGCACAUCCGAAGAUGGUGACUCGAACGAAAAAAAUCUUUGUCGGUGGUUUGUCGGCGCCAACAACGUUAGAAGAUGUCAAAAACUACUUUGAACAAUUUGGACCGAUUGAAGAUGCGAUGUUAAUGUUCGACAAACAAACAAAUCGACACAGAGGUUUCGGUUUCGUGACUUUCCACUCGGAAGAUGUAGUAGAUAAAGUCUGCGAAAUACAUUUCCACGAAAUCAACAGUAAAAUGGUGGAGUGUAAAAAAGCGCAACCAAAGGAAGUGAUGCUGCCGGCCAACCUGGCGAAAACGCGAGCUGCUGGCCGCGGGACUUACGAUUUUAUGUGGCCAUUGGGGACCUUGCCUGACGGUUUUCCGGCUGCUGCGUACGCGGCUUAUGCCUCUAGCCGAGGUUUUUCGGGUUACCCUAGUUUCGGACUCUCGUAUCCAGCAGGGGUUGCUAUUAUCGGGACCAGGCCUCGAUGCGGUAUUACUCCAGCCCAAUGCCAUAACGUGAUGAGCAAUUACCACCAUCAGGCAGCCGCGGUCGCCGCACAAGGUUUCGGGCCACCAGCGUCGCCGCACACCGGCGGUCCCGGCAACCCGCGGGCCGCCGCGUUCCCGCCGGCCACAUCGCCCGGCCCCGGCGCCCCGUCCACCAUGGACAUGUACAGCUCGAACCCGGCCGAUUACGUGCAAGCAGCGUCACCGCAACCGUCCGCGUUCCCCGCGAUCGCCGUCUCACGUGCGCCCAUUAAUUACAAUCCUGUAGGGGGCUUUGAUUCCGGCCGCUUUUACCAAUGGGUACCACUGAACAACGCAAGAGUCAAUAAAUUUCUUCCAUCGUAAGGUUGACCGAUAUUAGUCGCCCCUAUGCGUGUGAUUGACUCAAUAACUCACAACUAUCACCAGAGAUAUAUAUAUAAACGUCUCACUCACUCUCACUUACACCAAAGGUUUUCUUUCUCAAUAAUGCUAUUAAUAAUAAUCGUUUCUAUAUUAUAUAAUAAUUAUAAUAAUUAAAAAUUUAAAAAAAACAUGUUUUAUUAUAUUAAUAAUGUUUAUAUUAUGAUAACAAAUAAAAAAAAAUAAUAUAUAAGAUAAUUACUUUAAAGAAAAAAAAUUAUUAUUAUAUUCGUUUUUUUUUUUUUUUAGGGUUUUUAUUAUUAUAUAAAUGAAAUUACCCAAAAUAUGUAAAUUUAAUAAUAUUAACUUAAUACUUAUAUUAUAUAAUAAUAAUAACUAUACCUAAACUAAUUAUAAUCUCUGAACGAUAAAUCAAACCAGGAAAUCAGAAAAAAAAAUUGUCGCGUGUUGCUCAUUAUAAUUAUAAGGGCGCAGCCAUAUAAUAAUUGUAGAAUAGAAAAAAAAAUCAACACCAUCUAUUAAGAUCUCAUAAUGAAUCACACACACAAUAUACCUGCACAAUAUGCAGGUAGUAAUAAUAACAAAAAAUACUGUUAUAUUAUCAACUACCGUCGAAUCGACGAAUGUUUCGCGAAACCGUCAUAAAAUAUCAUCAUAAUCAUAAUGUGUAUAAUAUUAUGUGCUUAUUGUAUGAACUGCGAUAGGUAUAUUAUAUUAUAAUAAUAUUAAAAUCAGAUUUUUGCUAUUCGAGAAAUUUGACUAAGUCAGAUUUCAUUCAACUACUUAGACUAAAUAAUACGAUUCGACACUCGAUUAUUCGUCCUUUUACUUUUAAACUCCGUGUAAAUAAUACCGGAUCGAUCCGUUCAGACGUGACUCGCGACAACAUUCGACGUUUUGUUGUUAUUAUUACCUAAUAACAUUUUUAUUGCCAUGGUAACUGAUUCUACACUACAUUUAUUAUAUCUAAUAUACAUCUUUAAUUUUCUCGUUCUAUGCUAUGAAAAAAUAAAUAUUAAAAAUACGCGUCAUAAAAUAGAAAACAUUUGAAAACAGAAAAAUUUAACAAUCGAGCACACUACUGAACAAUUUAAAUUGUUUAUAAGUUUAAUUUUUAGGUUGAUCAUAUUAAUAAUAUAAUAAUUAUUAUUAACGUAUUUAUUAUUUACUUACUAUGAUAAUAUAUAUUGGAAAAUUAUAAUAAUUACUUAUCGAACCGACGGGUAAAUGUUUUAUUAUUAUAAUGGUUAUAAUUAUAAUAAUCACACGAUGACGGACACUCGUCAUGAGUGUAAUUUUUUUUGGUUUUUUAUAACUUUAAUAUAAUGGGCCACAAUAAUAUUUAUAAUCCACCUAUCCCUCAAAUAAAAUACCACCACCGCCUCCACUAUCAAUACCUCCACUCUCACCACCACCAACUUGAUGUGUGAAUUAUUUACGGUUUUAUUUAUUUUUUUCGUUUUUGCUAUUUCAUAUUUAUUUAUUUACGGUGAUAAUCAAAUUUUUGUUUUAUAAAUAUAAUUAUUAUUAUUUUUUCGUUUUCGUUUUUAUUUUUUUUUUUUUAACGAACAAUUAUUAUGAUAAACCAAUAGACUAUAUUAUAUUAUAAUUAUUAUUAUCAUUAUUAUUAUUAUUAUUAUUACUAUAAUAUGUUUGUUACGUAUUUUUAAAAUUAUUCUUUGUCAUUAAUUUUUUUUUCGUUUUAUCGUUUUCUUUUUUUUAAUUUGUUAUCAAAAUAUUGAAUUAAAUAUAAUUGUUGUUAAAAUAUUAUUGUUAUUACGGCUUUAAAACGUAUCUUUAAAUUAAUAAUAAUAUAAUUCGUCAAUAGUUUAAUUUAACAUUAUAUAUUAUACAUAUUAUAAUUUUUCUUCUUUUCUUUUGACUUAUCUUAAUAUGACUAAGUGUAUUUUGUUUGUUUUUUUUUUUUUGAAUAUCCCCAUUUUCCCAAGUCCCCACCCUGCCCUGUUCGAAUAAAUAUAAAAUAUAUUGUAUUAUAAUAUUAUACAACACAAUGUAUUUAUAAUAUAUAUUAUAUGAAUAAUUACAAUUAUAAUAGCUAUAUAUAAACGUUCUGUUUCUUUAAGCAUACAUAACACCAAUCACAUAAUCCAUACCAUAUUAUAAUGUGUCGUCAUCUUUACCGUUAUUUUAAUAUUUUAUAAAUGCAUAUUGCAUGUAUAUAUUCAAUAUUUUAGUAUCGACCGUGUUCAAAUGACUGUCUGUUUGUGAGUACAUUUUACCUAUUAUAAUAUAUAAAAUACAACAUUUACGGAGUGGACAAAAUAAAAAAAAUUAUCUAUAUAAUUUUCGUGACAUUAAGUUUUAGAACAAAUUAAUAUUGCUUUAUUAAUUGACCGCUGUUGAAUGUGAACAACUGAAGUUGUCUAAUGAAAAUCAUUUUCUAAAAAGUCUAUCCCACCAAGGUCAAGGUUAUACAGCAUCCAUGUAGUCUUAAAUCACUUUGAUGUCAUCGAAAUCCUGUCACUACCGACAUUACUCUCGUAUGCAUACGCGCACAAGGGUUGUGAUUUUUGCUAAGAUCUGUCACUUUUAUAAUAAAAUAAUUAAAUCACCAGUUGACCUCCGCCGAGCAUUUUCUUAAUUCUCCUCGUACUGCUAUUAUACAUUAUGCGAUGUCAUGUCCUAAUUGUGUAACAACAAACAACAACAAUUAUAAUAAAAAAAAAAGAAAGAUAAUAGCAUUUGAUCUUAGAUCAUAGAAUUUUUUAUGAUCUUAGCUUUUGACGAUUAAUGUUAUGAAUAGUUUGUACACAGGAUGAUUAAAGCUACUACUUCGCGCGCCGAAAUCUCAAACACCACAUCAGGUGUUUUCAUUGUCCAUAACUCGUGGUCAGGUACGUUACUAGACUAAACUUUUGUGGAUAAUAAUUCUUUUUGCAUAUAUUAAGUAUAAUAGUAUUAUACUGUGGUCGGAGUGAAGUACACGGAGAUGCUAUCCAUCCUCAUAAUUUCGUUUACACAUUUCAUCUACGGAAAAUUGAUAUAAAAAUCAGUCUGUCCUUACAAUCGAUAUCAUAAAUGUGUCUUAUAUUUCGUACUCACGUUAUUUUAUGUUUAGUGAAAAUAAUUGAAAAUCGAGACUUUAAGAUACAUUGUUGAUAUUUGAUUACAUUAUUCGAAAUACAAAUUACACACGUAAGUCGCUUAUUCUAAUCCACCCACAUCCACAACUAAUAUAUACACUUUCGUUCGUAUAUGUAUUGCAGACAAAUUAUUGUUUUAUUUGUCAUUAAAUACACACAUUGUAUACUAUUAUCAUUAUAUCUGUAAAGUCUUGGUUGUGUUAUAAUCCUAGUUAUACUCCAUGAGGUAAUUUGCACGUCCGUCGAUACACUUAUCUAACUCUUGGAAAUGAUGAUGACGUUGUUUGUUAUUAUUAAUUUUCAAAUAUUUGACGAAUUUUUCAUAAAUCAUUUUCAUUUCCAUCACCGUUUUCGAUUACUAUUAUUGCAACAAUUGUGUCAAGUCGAUUUUUAUAUUCAAAAUGAUAAUCAAGUAAAUAAGACUACUCACCUAAUUUUCUAUUAAAUUUCACGCUAUUAAUUUAAAUAUCGAUAUUAUAAUGAUAUAAAUAUUCAAAUAUUAAAUUUACGAAUAAGAUUUAAAUUUUUUUCAUCAAUUACUAUAUAUAAUAUAUAUAUAUAUAUAAUAUUAUAGUAAUUCAUGAACUUUAUUCUUAACUUUUUUGGAAAUCAUGAUUUCAAAAUUAUUUUAAUAAUGACUCGUUUUCAUGAAAAGGUUCCGGCUCUCUAUUCUUUAGACGAAAAGACGUACAUAAGUCCCACGAUUUUAUGAAGUACACUUGCAACUAUAAUACAAAAUGUGAUGCGGUUGUUUGAGUUAAUCGUGAAAUAUGAGGAUUAUUAUUGAAGAGUUUGGUCUAAUUUUGGUAGGUAUGCCUUUUAGAAAGUUUUUCAUUAACACGUUUACACCAGCAAUAUAAUAAUAUUUUGCUUUACAUAAUAUCAAUAUACUUACCAACACCACUUCAAAACAUUCCUACAUUCGAUCCAUACUUCUCCAUUUAUUCUACUAUAAACGAAAUUGAAAAGCGUUUAUAUUAUUUUAAUAUAAUAUACAAAAUAUGAUAAAUGGUCUGCAAAACAAAAUUAAUACCCCAUUUAAGUAAAAUAAAAAGCCAUGUUCUUUGUAAAUAGAGUAAAGAUGUUUUACAAAUAAAAAAAAAUAAACUUUUAAUAACAUUAUUAAUUAAAAUAUGUACUUAUAUUAUUAACGAUAAAUUAUAUUAUUUGAAUAAUAUUGUGUACAUAUUUUCUUAUCCAAUUAAUUUAUAUUAAAUCUACAAUCUACAAUUGUAGAAACAUUUUUAAAUAUUUAUAUAUUAUGUAUUAUGUAUUUAUAAUAUAUAAAUUAUUAUUAUUUAUUACCUAUUACAUUUGUCACUAUGACUAAACAAUAUAAAAUAUAAUAUAAUAUAGCUAUUAAUAAUACAUUUUAAUAAUAGUUUUUGAAUAUAUAUUAGGUAUAUUAUUAGGUUAUAACCUAUUUUAGACACACUCUCACACGCGCGAGUUUGUAGCAUUGUGGUUCAUUAUAAAAAAUAAAUCGCUCUUGUAUUGCUCUAUUAUAAUAUAAUAUACGAUUGCUUUUAAAUAUUAAUUUAUACACCGUUGAGUGAUUUCAUUUAUAAUUAUAACGGUUUUUAUUCUUUUUAUUUUUAACAUGUGAUAUUCAUUAUUAACAUUACGUAAGACUAAAUAAAAUAUGUAUAAAAGAAAAAAAUCGCUAUACCUAUGUAUUGAACCCGUUAUGAUUGGGAAAUGUAUUCCCAUUUACUUUUGUUUUUUGGUUACUGGGCCCCUGUGAAGGAAAAUACAACAAUAAUAAUUAAUACGAAAUUAUAAUAACGUUUGUUAUUUUAAUACCUAGCUAAAUAAAUAUUUCUAGAUACAUGAUAAUUGAAAUUUUUAGCCAUUUUAUUAGUAUAUUCCUUAUUGACUUCUAGAAAUGACAUAGUAGAGAAUUUCCUGAAAAAUUAACUCUAAACAAAAUUGUAUAGUCACGUUUUUACUUGAAAAUAUUAAGUUAUAUAAUAUACACGAUGCGUUUGAUAUAAUAAAAUAUUAUAAUAUAUAUAUAUUAUAUAAUAUAUACGUAUUAUAUAAUAUUAUAUAUAUAUAUACAUAUUUACUAUACAAAAGGAUAAAAGAAGCUCAAUUUUUUUUUAACACUAACGAUAUUUUAUAUUUUUUCUUGAAACUUUAAACUACGAGUAUAUACGUUUGCAUCGUAAAUUAUAUCCCAUUCCUCUAUCCAAUCUCUACCAUCCCCCAUAUCUCUCUAUAAAGUAUAAAUAUAUAUAUAUAUAUAUGUAUAUUUUAUGCAUAAAUUUAGAAGUAAAUGAGUAAGUCGCACACCUAUGCCAUAUACGAUGUAAUAUACAUGUUAUAUCCGAUUUCGAUCCAAUAAUGAUAUACCUAUAUAAAAUAUGUGAAACUUGAUAAUAAUAUUGACGAGAUUUGUAUACAAUCUUUGUCUAGUAACAGUGGCAAUUCAAUACCAUAUCAAUGCUAAACAUCUGAAACUAAUGUUUAGCAAUUUAUUAUGGCAAUAAUUAGCGUAUAGUAGUAUACACGAUUUUUUUUUUUUAUAAUAUAUAAAUAUAUAUAUAUAUGUAUAAUUAUACAUACAUUUUAUAUAUACAUAAUAUUAUAAACGUAUGGUACCAAUAAAAAUAAAUAAAUAAAUAAAAUAUGUAAUAUUAUAUACUAUGUUAUGCCGCAAUAAAAUGCUGUGAUUCUGAUGUGAAAUCCGGUAGUGAUGUCUGCGCGCGCAAGUGCGAUUUUCAAGUUUUUUUUAAAUAUAUUAUCGAACACUGGUAAAUGAACAACAAUAUAAAAUUUAUAUAAUUAAUAUACGUUUAUGACUAUUGUAAAAAAUGUAACUAUUUUUUUUUUUUUUUUAUCCAUAAACGUUUUAAACUUAUUAUACAUCAAAACGAUUUAUAAUACUAUAUAAUUAUAAAUUAUUACUUUAAAUCUGUAACUAAAUUAUUGAUUAUUAUUAUAAUUAUAACAAUAUUACUGUAAUUUUAGUAUAUAUUAUUAUGAUUAUAUAUAUAUAUUUUUUUUUGUCUUUCAUACGAUGUGUUUGACCGCAGUGUUAUCGAUAUUAUUAUUGUACAAUGAUUUGUGUGGAUUGUCGAGGUCGGAUCGAAAGCGUAUACAAAUGAAACAAAAAAAUGACAAAAAUUAGCGUUUUGCGUUUUUUUUUUUUUUAUAUAUAUAUCAUGAUGAAGACCUUGGUAAUUAAACAAUACCUUUGUAUAUUAUACACACUAUGAAAAUAUUUUGCGGGACAUUGCAAUUUUUGAGUAAAUAAUUAUCAAUUAAUCAAUUCAAAUUUAUAACCGUACUAGUUAAUGACCUAUAUAUUACAAUUCUUAAACUAUACUUUCGUUAUAAGAAACUAUAUUAUGUUAUUAUAUUAUUAUGGUUAUUAUUAUUAUUAUUAUUAUUAUAUAUUAGAUUUUAAAUUGUUUUUUCCUUUCAAUGUCAUAUAAUAAUAAACAUAUAAUAUAGAAUAAAUACUACCUGUAUACCUAUAUUGUAGUGCUAUUCAAAUAAUAUAUAUAUAUAUAUGUGUAUAUAUAUAUAUAUAUUUAUUAAGUAGAACCAUUUACUUGGACGUUUAUAUGAUUUAAUAUACAAUUAAAAAAUAUUAUAAUAUUAUGAUGUAUAGUAUAGAUAUUUUGAAUAAUUUGAAUAAUAUUACGACGGCGCGUUUGCCGUCGAAGAAGACGAAGGGCUUACCUUCAAGAUUCAAAUAAACAAAUUUAAAUUUAAAUAAUUUACAAACUCGCACGAUAGUUUAUCGUGCAAUAAUAUUAUAAUAUCAUAUUAUUACAUUUACAACCAACACACACGCGUAGGUAAAACGUUAAGACAAGGGAUAAUAAUAUAUAAUCCUUGUACAUAUACACAUACCUAUAGGUAUUAAACAACAAUGACGUCGUAUAACGUUCGGGAUUUGCUAGAAAACCACGAAACGGACGAUCGAAAUCUAUGCGACCGUAUGCCUACCUCGUACAAUUUUGUACGAUAUACAUUUCAUGUUAACCAAACGCAACGUUCGAAACUGCGUCGUUUGAUGUAUACGUGUAAAAUUUAAUAAUAUUAUGCACACAAUACCAGGAUACAAAUAAGAAAUUAUAAUACCUUCGAUUCGUUCCAACCUCGUAAAUCGGACAAAUCGCGCUCGCUACACAUUUCGUUUCCGUUUAAGACUUAUAUAUUUACUUCCGUACAUAUUCACACACACGCGCGUAUGCACAUCCCUCUACCUGUAUACGUUUUGAUAAAAUUGAUAGUAUCCGCGCGACGACGCUGCGCCGUGUAGUGCGACGACGUUAAAUAUUUUUGCAAAAUUUCGUAAUAUAAAACAAAACACAAUCGCGAUGAAAAAACAAAACAAAA